AUGUACCAGGUCAAUGAUAGAAUACAAUUCAUAGACAACCAAUUUGCAACUGUACGAUUUGUGGGUCAGAUACCCGAAUGGGGAGAACAAUUAGCACUUGGAGUCGAGUGGGAUGAUCCAGCUAGAGGCAAGAAUAACGGAUCUGUGGGUGGAAUUGAAUAUUUCAAGACGAGACAGGCGGGAGCAGGUUCUUUUAUUAAAGUGAAUAAUAAGAAGAUCUUGAACAAAAGAGUCUCGUUUGACGAGGCGCUCUUGGAAACGUAUGGUGUGGAGGAAAAUCAGAUUGGGGCAGCCAUAAGGAUUGGACUGAAGAAAGUAGAGAGUUAUGGAUUUGAGAAGUUGAACAAGAUCAAUGCCAAUUUCAGUCGAUUGACUUCUGUCAGUUUGGACUUCAAAUGCAUUUAUACCAUCUGCAAAGGAAGAAGUUUGCUAUCUUUGACAUCUUUGGUAAAAUUGGACUUUAGCUUUAAUUUGAUUAAUGAUAUGGGAGACAUCUGGCUGGCUCUUGACAAGCUACGUACAUUGAAGGAGUUAAAUCUCAAUGGAAAUAGGUUUGAAAUUAUUCCCAAAUCCAAUACCAUCCACGGAUUAGAGAUUCUUAAGCUUUCAAACACACGGAUAAGGCCCAGUGAUUUGAAGCAGCUGGUGUUGCCUAAGUUCCCUCAUUUAAGAGAAAUCACUCUUGCAAGCAAUGGGUAUACUGACGAGGACGACUUGAGCUUCAACUUCAUCGAAAAUGUCGACUUGUCAUUCAAUGGGCUCACGCAAAUUCCAAGCGUCAACUGUCUUUCUCUUAACUUGUCUGACAAUAAAAUCAAUUACAUCUACAAUGCUUGCACUUUUAAAGCCAUUGAUUUGAGGUAUAAUGAGAUCGAUUCAUGGGAGUUUGUCGAAGAUCUACAGUCAAAAUCACGCCUUAGGGAACUAAGAAUCGACAACAAUCCACUUUUUGAAGGCUUGGAGGAAGACGAAGUCACAGUCAAUUUGAUAGCACGGUUUGAGUGCGUUGAUGAUAAAAGUGCCCAGGAAGAGGGCCUACGUAAAUUGAAUGGGUCCCGCUUGAGUCGGGAAGAGAUAGAGAAUGCCGAACUAUAUUUCAUCAGCAAGGUGCAAAAGGGUGACUAUAUUUGCAACGAAACAAGUGAACGAUGGAAGCAGUUGAAACUGAAGCAUAACGUCAAAGAUGAGAUUCGUGGUCCGCGUCUCAACGAGUUUGCUUAUCAUAAAAUAAGGAUUAAGGUCUACUGGAACAACGAGUUGAUACUCGACCAAAUGCUCCUCAACACCAACACGAUCAUGAGGCUAAAAGGAAGCGUGAGCCGUAAAUUGAACAAGUCCAUCUUCAGUUUCAGACUUUACUACUUUUUGACGGCUGAGGUGAAACAGUAUUUGGACGAUGAGAUAGGUAGAAUCGGCGACUUUGACCUCCAUCAGCAAGACAUCUAUAUUGCCAUAGAGGCAAAUCAUGUAAAAUAA